GGUAGGGUAGUACUGCGGGUCGCAUAAGAAGCGGACUGUCCAAGCAAUUCAUUAUGAGUUCCCUAUCAAUGCACUGAGCAGGAUUUGGAGUGCGCGCACUUGCUUUUAAUGAUGUGGUCCUUUGCUGUCUUUGGAGGAUUUGUGCUCUGAUCUAAAUGGGGAUUUGGACAAGUUUGCAAGAGGACUUUAACGAGGAGACAGAAUUACAAGAAGAUUACGAGCGCAUUGCAGGAAUCUGUCAGGAGCUAUUGCAGUCAUACCGAAGACGGGAAAUCAAACAAAAAGACCAACUGACCAGAAGAUUCCAAUAGGUUCAAAAGAACAGGAGCUGUCAUCUCAAUACCCAAGUGAUAAUAGGCAAAGGAUUAUAGAUACAUACUUCAAUUACGAGCACAGAUACUGAUCACAUUAAUUUUUGUAUGGUACUUUGGAUCGUGGAGUGAAGAAAACAGAAAAAAAAAAAAACAUUUUUAAAGGAAAAAGUAGAUUCUGGGACAAUCCUUCGCGCUCUCUCUGAUCCUCUCUCGUAACCUACAAAUUUAUCUUUUUAAAUGAUAGUUUUGCUCUUUUGCUCUUGACUUAGCGCAACAAUAGCGUUUGUAUGUGAUUUGAUAAGAAAUCUCGUUUCUCUUCGCUUGGCUUGUAAGAAGUGCAUUGAUUGUGCUGCGGCAGACUAUGGACGAGCAAGCCCGGAUGAUGCAGUCUCUCAGCGGUAUCAGCUUGGCUGGACUCUCGGCGCCAGGAGGGAUGGCACUGCCGCCUCCGCACGGCCACGAAGGGACGGAUGGGGACGGAAGAAAACAAGAUAUUGGGGAUAUUUUGCAUCAGAUAAUGACCAUUACUGACCAAAGCCUGGAUGAGGCACAAGCAAAAAAACAUGGACUGAAUUGCCACCGAAUGAAGCCCGCCCUGUUCAGCGUCCUCUGUGAGAUUAAGGAGAAAACAGGCCUCAGUAUUCGUGGCACCCAGGAGGAGGACCCGCCGGACCCGCAGCUCAUGCGGCUGGACAACAUGCUGCUGGCGGAGGGCGUGUCCGGGCCGGAGAAAGGGGGUGGGUCAGCAGCGGCUGCUGCCGCCGCUGCGGCUGCCUCUGGGGGUGUGGCUGACAACUCCAUCGAGCACUCGGACUACCGGGCCAAACUGACCCAGAUCCGCCAGAUCUACCACACAGAGCUGGAGAAGUAUGAGCAGGCUUGUAACGAGUUCACUACCCACGUGAUGAACCUGCUGAGGGAGCAGUCCCGGACCCGGCCCAUCUCGCCCAAGGAGAUCGAGCGCAUGGUGGGCAUCAUCCACCGCAAGUUCAGCUCCAUCCAGAUGCAGCUGAAGCAGAGCACCUGCGAGGCCGUCAUGAUCCUGCGCUCCAGAUUCCUCGACGCCAGGCGGAAGAGGCGAAACUUCAGCAAGCAGGCGACGGAAAUCCUGAAUGAGUAUUUCUAUUCCCACCUCUCGAACCCCUACCCCAGCGAAGAAGCCAAAGAGGAGCUGGCCAAGAAGUGCAGCAUCACCGUGUCCCAGGGGGUGAGAACCACCAUCACAGUAUCACAGGUGUCCAACUGGUUCGGCAACAAGAGGAUCCGAUACAAGAAGAACAUCGGCAAGUUUCAGGAAGAAGCCAACCUGUACGCUGCCAAGACGGCUGUUACGGCCGCCCAUGCAGUGGCUGCAGCGGUGCAGAACAGCCAAACGAACUCACCCGCUACACCCAACUCCGGGUUCCCAAUGAAAGAUGAAGAUUUCCAGCUGGACUCGGCAGAGAGCAAGAACACUCUUCUAUCCAGCAUGUUCACUGGUGGAUACCCAACGCCAUGUUAUCAGCCAGAUGGAAGGAUACAGUGACAGCCUGUGGGGGCACUCUCUGUAAAGUCCACUCAGCUUGAAUGCUGGUGGGACGUGGCAAGAUGCAACCAGUCCGUUUGGAAGCGUGGACUCCGUUACCUCAAACAGAUCUCUUCCCUGUCACAUCCUGUCCCUGAGCAGUAGGGCUUUGACCAGCACUGACUGACCAAUCAAAGAGACCAAAUCUUUACUAGAAUACCCCUGACCCCAUACUCCAAAUGAUAUCUGCCAUUUUUCGACUCCUGCUGUUUCUCGGCAUUUCAGUGGAGGCACCUCACUUCUGCUCCAUUGCUGUCUCACUUGGAUCCGGUGUAUUUUUUGUCAGAAUGUUUUUUUACAUACUGUACAUACAUAGAUAGAAAUGUGUACAUCUAUAUAUUACUAUUCGAAAGUGACAGAAAUGGGUCUGAUGGUUUUUUAAGGUGUUAUUGUGUAGAUUCCUGGAUGAAAAGAUGUGCAAGGAGGAAGAUCCAAAGCCGUCAAUAGUUUGUUAGUCGGGAUAACCCGUUCAAAUCUUCUCCUUUAUUGCAGCCUGGCUGUGCAGCAACCUCUUCCUGCCCAUCAGAAUGAGGUCCAUUUAAUCUGUUUUGGAAUGAACUGUGUCCCUGGUGGAAAAUUA